AUUUAUUUUCUUAUUUUUGUCUAAACUUUGAUGUCCCGGAUAUGGAGUGUAAAAAAUGCCCAAGUGGUGAUUUGUUGAAGAUAAAAAGCCGCGAAGAAAGCAGGAAAAUUAUUACCAGUGAGUUUCCAAGUCUUCAUUCGAGGCUGUUUCGUUGCGUUUUCCAAACGAAGAAGAUGAUGAAUCAGAGCAAGCAAGUAGCCUCGUUGACCACCUCUCGUUUGUCACCGCUUGCAGAACCCUUCACCCUCAACCGCUCUCCCUAUCAACAACAACCACCCACUUCGUAUUCAUCAUCUCCUCUCGAUGACCCUUUCAGCUCCUUGCUUGAUUCUUUCCUAGAAUGUAACAUGGGUUCAAUCUCAAAGUCUCACUCUGUGGGUGACUCUGGGUUUCGCCAGGAAACUGUCAUACCAACUUUGCCCCUUGAAAUUGCCGAGGAGAAAUCAAUUUUUGAGCAACACCCAUCUCUGGAAUUGCCAAGUUAUGGUGAGUUUAAUGGGCCACUGUUUGAUGUUUCGUUACCCGCUAACUCACCGUCAGUUACUGGCUUAGGCUAUGGGAUACAACUACAAGGAGUGGAUUUUCAUCAGGGUUUGUUUGGUAAAGGAAAUGAUGAUGCUGGCACUUCAGUUGCUGAUAGUGAUGCGGGCAAGUUUCAGAAAGGUAAGCAUGCCGUUGAUGAGUUAACUCCCUCUCUAACAAUGUCGGAAGGCAUUUUGGAAAAAAACACCGGUAUAAUUGUGGCAAAUGACAUUCUAUCAAAUUCUGAAGGCAUAGUACACACUGCUGAUGAAUAUAGCUCCUUUCUUAUCUCCAAUUGUAAGGUUGCCCCACUCAAGUUAUCAACAACUGAUAUGUCCUCCACUAAAAGCACCCCUCAAAAUCAUUUCUCCCCUAUUUUGGAUGACAAUGACCCUGAUGUGGAUUCUCCUUGUUGGAAGGGAACCGCUGCUUUUAGCCUACCUCCAUCAGAAAUUUCAGGGUCUUUACAAAUUCAACACAUUAAGAAGGAAGCAGAAAAACAUAACAUUUUAAAUCCUCUGGCUCCACAGUUCUUUCCGGGUAUUGGAUACAUCAAGGAUGAUUUUGUGCCUUACAACUCCAGUGCACAUGUAGCUACUAAUUUCUUUUCAGGAGAGGACAUAUUCAUGGAAAGUAUCAUGGUAGAAUCCCCGGUGGAGUUGAAUAAGAAAAUCGAGCUUCAGAAUUCCAGUAACAUUUGUGGAAGAGAAAAGGCAUUGAAUGUGCUUAAUGAUCCAAAAAGAAACUUGGUGGAUUCUGUGCUAAUGACUCAAUCUUCUUCCAAGGAAGAAUGCUUGACUUCAAAAGGAAAACAUGGAACAGUUGUUGAUGUUGAUGACUUUGUAAAGGGAAAUAAAAAUUCCAAGGCUAGUAGGUCAAUGGGUGGGGUUUUCCCUGCUGAGGGCCAUUCCCCAACUUUACCAGCAUCUUCAUCUAAAGUUAACAUUGUUACUGAUCUAUUUAAAACAUUUGAGGGUGUUUCAAAGUCUUUAAUUGAAUCUCAAAAACCUGAUAUUAAGAUAAUACUCCGUGCUAUGCAUGUUCUUUCGGAAUUGCUUGUACAUGUGGAUGGAACAGAAUCAUAUGAUGAACAUGAUCCUGACGUGAUUAUGAUCCCUCAAAUAAUCAAUAAUCUGAAUGGUUUUAGCACAAAAAAAUGUGGCCAAAGAAUUUCAACCCUUGAUUCAACUCCUGCAGAUAGUACUUUUUGUCCUGAUAGGUUAUUAGAGCUUCCCAAGGAACUGGAAAUGAAAAGUAUAGAGGCCCUUGUUGUUCCAAGCCAGCUUUAUCUGCAAAAUGAUUAUACAGGAAAAAAUACAGUUUCUAAAGUGAUAGGUCAGAGUGGACAAAGUUCUUUUGCAUCAAGAAGUGAUGAAGGCACCAAGAAAGCUGAUGAAAUGGCUCAGUUACAGGUCAUUCGGAGAAGUCUUGGGAGAAGUCUGGAUAUAGACAAACAAAUGCACCCAGAAGCAUUAUUGUUUUGGAAUUUAUGGCUUGAUUCUGAAGCAGAACGCUGUUAUAGGAAAUAUAAAACUUAUAAUUGCCUUAUGGAAGCUGGGGUGGAGGUAGAUUGCAAAAAUGUCGCGGAAUUGUGGAGGUGACAGUACCUUGUAGAUUUUUUAAGAGACACGACUAGUGGCUGUAAUUAGACAUUAGAGAUAUCUUACAUAUUCAUCAACUGAUUCUGGGAUGAAUUCUACUUGUACAAAUGUAAUUGAUUCAUGUGAAUGCAAUGGUUCUGGACUGCUAUGAAGAGGAAAACAAAAUAUGUAAUUGUUGAUGUUGUGCUAACUAAAGACUAAAGAGUUCUAUCA